CAGGUGGUGAAUUUACUCUUGCUAUUCAACAACAAGGGGCUUUGUGCAUAUACAAAGCUGCGUUUGGCUGAAGCGUCAGAAGAAAUAAAGAUCUUAGUGGGUUUCCAAGGUGAUCUGGAGAUACCCCAUUCACCUUUCCUACUUAAGCCUCUGUCCCCUUUGUUUAUUGGAUUAUCCUUUUCUUCUUUUCAUCCUGUUCCUUUGGCUACAGUGAUGGACUCUUCCCAAGUCCUUGGAGAUGAGGCGGAGGAAUGUAGCAGCAGUGAGUCUGGGUGGACAACGUAUAUUGCCUCCCCAGACCAUCAUCAUGAGGUGGAUGAUGAUGAAAAUGACAAGGAGAAAACAGAUAAAACCGACAAUGAUGAUGAUGGUGAUGACGACGACAACGACCACGACUCCAUGGCUUCAGAUGCCUCAUCCGGGCAUCCAACUCACCCUCAACUCACAUGUGAAAGCAGCAAGGGAAGCCAUGGGAGCAUGACUCAGUACAAACAUGCAGAGGAUGAACCUCCCAGUAAGUCUCCCUCAGGCAAGCAGCCCUGCAAACGGGUGGGAAGAAAGAGGGAUGAAAAGACAAAAGUAGAUAUCAACCAAGAGUGGGUGCUUGAUUCAAAUAGUGAAAGCUGUAGCCAUGUUCAAAGUGGACCCAAGGAACAUCUGCAACAACUCUUAAAGAAAAAUGUAUUGCAGAAGCAUGUAACAAGAAGGGAAAAGUUGCUUGAUUUCCACCCUGUGGUUGUACUUGUGAAACUGCUUGAUCUUUUGCCGACAUGGGGUUUAAGGGCUGAAUGAAAGAGAGGGAUAGAUGAUGAUGAUGAUGAUGAGCCUGAGCAAUUGUUUGUGUGUCUACAUUUGAGAAGGAGCCGACAGAUAAGAGAGUACAAGCACAAAGGGAGGGCACGUGACUGUGCGUGUUUAUUUGACUACUUCAUGAUAUGCCACCCACACUGACAGGCCUUGGCAGAGUUGAAUUUCUUUGUCUUAAAAGUAGAAAAUGUGUUGAAA